CAUGGCGGCGCACAUAGCACGACGUUCUUAUUUAUUUUGCCGUAGUGCAGGAGUAAAUGUGAUUCAACAACAUGUAAAAGUGAGGAGUGUUGAGAUAGGAGACAGUAAUAACACUUUACAGCUGAGUGUUGCUUAUGGGACCCGAUGGACAGACAGCACACAGGACGCCCAAGUGCACAUUCGAGUAGAGCGCCUGACAGUAUCUUAUAGCAGAAGCAGUGGUCCUGGUGGUCAGCAUGUCAACAAAGCCAGCACAAAAGCAGAGGUCCGAUUCCAUGUGCUAACAGCAGAAUGGAUCGCAGAAGAUGUUCGACGGAAAAUCUUUGAAAAGAACAAAAACCGCAUCAAUAAGGCUGGGGAGCUGCUGGUGACCUCAGAGCUGAGCAGGAGUCAGCAGAGAAACCUCUCUGAUUGUAUCCAGAAGAUUUCUGCCAUUGUAGCUGAGGCCAGCGAGAAGCCAAAGGAGCCAACAGCAGAAGACAUAGCUCUUAGAGAAGCCAGGUUAGCGAAGGCGAACAAGGUGCGACUCCAACAGAAGAAGAUUCAGUCAGAUACAAAAAAGAGCAGACGAGUGGAUUUUGACUAACUGACUGAUUGUUUUCUUUCUACCUCUUCUGGUUGUAUUGUCAAUAAUUACAAAUCCUUUAUGUGUCCAGUUUUGUCUUUCAUUUUCUGUACAAUAAAAAGUAAGUGGCAACA